AUGUCGCCACUGGCUCACAUACUCCUAGUGGCCAUGUUGGCCGUUCUCUACCGAUCUGUUCGAGUCUACUUUGGUGGCUGCGUCUGUUCCACAGAGGGUCGCCUGGACGGCGCGGUGGCCCUGGUCUACCCUGCCGACUCCGAUCUGGGCCUGCUGACAACGCGAGGCCUGGCCAGACGCGGGGCCACCGUGGUCAUGGCAUGCAGUCUAGUGGAGAAGUGCAACAGGGCGAGACGUCAGCUGCUAGACCAGUUCGGCCCCGGUUCGCAAGCUGCGCUCGACAACUUUGUCGGCGAAUCGAAGUUGCGUGAGGACCAGAUCUCCACAGUUGGGAUCAUAAUGCCCAAACAGGCAAGUGAUUGCAUUUUGACCUGCACCUGUACUUGUAGUAAAACUACUAGACAGACUGCGCUGCAAGUCUGGCAGCUGCAUCACGUCUCAGCAGCCUCCAUUAAGGAAUUCUGCAAGAAGUUCAGACACAAGUUCACCAAGCUGAACAUCCUCGUGCUGAACAGUGUUUACAUGUCCAAGACCUUCGACAAGACUGUCGAUGGACUGGAACGUCACAUUGGCCUCAAUUUUGUCUCCAGUUACCUGCUGGCGGAGAACCUUUUGCCGCUUCUACGACGUUCAUCAACUGCAGCACUCACCUCGCGUCUGGUCUUUGUGUCAUCGCGCCUACACGCGUUUGGAACGCUGCCAGAGGGCUUGACGGAGCCGGUGCCGCCGCUGCCCCAGUCAUUUGAUUGGUGGAAAGCUUACACCUCCAGUCAGCUACUGACCGUCACCUACGCCAGCUACCUCAAGAGCCGGGAUACCCAAUCAAAAGUCGCUAUUGCCGUGGUUCAUCCCGGCUUGGAGGCCGGAUUAAUCAACAAGGUCUUCUGGAAGCCUUUUGGAUACAUCUUCUCCUGGUUCGGUAAGUCGGCAUGGCAAGCUGCCCAAACAACACUAGCAUUUCUGCUUCAGCAACAGAAUCCGGAAGAUCUGUACUUUGCAGAGUGCCAAACAGCAGAAUUACACCUUCAAGAAGCUGGAGAGGACCUACUCGGCCGUGUUAGAAACGACUUAAAACGCCACCUUCUCCCCACAGUGUACGCGUGA